ACCGUCUGUAUUGCAAAAUUAUUAUCAUCAUGCAAGCAGUUCCCAUUACCACCAAAGGGUUUGGCACUCUCAGUUUAACCGGCCGCCCAACCCCUCAACCCCUUCAACAUUCCAUUGAAACCAUGAAGUAUGUGAAACACACUCAUGGCGUCAAGUUCUUUGACUGUGGGGAAUUCUAUCAGUUCAAUCCCGAGUUCGCCAACUUGAAGUUAGCAAGAAUGUUCUGUGAACAAGAAAACGAUAAGGACAUUGUUUUAUGUGUUAAAGGUGCCCUUAAUAGGGCCAAUAUGAGUCCCGAUGCUUCACCCGAUGGUCUCAAAAACUCCAUCGAUGGAGUGGUCGAUUUCUUCAAAGACUUGAAAGUCAGGCCCAAAAUCAUCUACGAAACUGCACGUGUUGACAAGCGGUACACGGUGGAGGAUGUGACUUCCCGGAUCUACGACAGAGUUAAGGCUGGUGACAUCGAUGGGGUGGCUUUGAGUGAAGUGAGUGCGCAGACGAUCCGAAAGGCAGUUGCGGUGGCUCCCAUUUCUGCAGUGGAAUUGGAAUUUUCCUUAGUUGUGGAAGACAUUCUCUACAAUGGAAUUUUAGCAGAAGCUUCCAAACACCAAAUUCCAAUCCUCGCCUAUUCUCCAGUGGGAAGAGGAAUGUUGACUGACUAUGUGGUAGAGCACCCAGAUUUCCUUAGUACUAUUCCAGAUAAUGACUUUAGAAAGACAUUCGAUCGGUUCCAACCCGAGAACUUUGAAAAGAAUAAGGCUCGUCUGUUGGCUUUGUACAAGUUUGCAAAGUCAAAAAAUCUUUCUUUGGAACGCUUGGCCUUAAGCUAUCUUGAAAGUUUAUCAGGGCUUGAGAACUUCAUGGGUAUUGCUAAGGUCACCAGGAUUAUUCCGAUUCCUUCAGCAUCAAGUCCUGACAAGGUGGACAGAAACUACUCUGGACUUGUGAAGUUGUCUAGAGAAGACAUUGAUGGUAUCCACAAGAUCAUGGAGGAGAACCCAUUGCACGGAUAUCGGUACAAUGCCCAUGCUGAGGAGCAUUUGAACGGUUGAACAUACUAUUGAUGUUCUUCUAUUCUCAUAAACAGUAUUGUCUCUAUAGUAUGAAUUUAUUGCUUUUUGUAA